UUGAAUUUGUAUGAGAAAGCACAAGUAAUAUAUGUGGGUGUAAGAGUAAUAAAAUUACUGUUUUAUAACUUAUGCAGUGAUAUGGCUCCAAGUAAACAUGCCAUUUUAGCCCAAUGCAAUGGGAAGCUUAAAAGAAAACAAGAGAUUAAUGCAGAGAAAGAAGAAUGGGGGAAAUGUGGGAGCUCUAAGCUCGAAAUGAAACAUAAAAGUAGAGCCAAGGCGAAUCGGAAAGGUACAAUUUGCCGAAAAACAACGAACGGUAAGCCUAAAAGAAGUCGCGAGGUUAUCGAUAAAAAGACGGCGAAGAAGAGGAAUGCCGUCGCCGAUAACGAAACGUCCACAACUCUCAAGCUUUCCACCUUUGGACCAAGCGUGUAUGAAACGAGGGCAAACUCAAAAAUGGUUAGUACUUUAUAG